GAAGAGAACUUGGGACUCGACGAACAGGUGUACGUGUAGUAUUUGCUUCAUGCCGCGGAAUAUACCGUACAGCGGGCCGACAUCUUGUUAUUCCGCCGAUUAGCUAAGCGUUCUUCUCCGGCAGUCCGGGGUGAUACUGCCAUCCUUUUGAACAUUGUCCGAGGUUGUUGCUCUCCGAUUAUUGUCUGUGACAGUGUCUGCUAAGGAUUUGUGUGUGUGUUGAAAGCCUAAGAAAAACCUAGUCGCCAUCAUGACGUCUUUGUUCAAGAACGCCGCCAGCACCGUGCUGAACAAGAUCAGCAAGGAGUCACUGAAAUGCGGGCUCUGCCAAAACUUCUACUUCAAACCCAAAAUUAUGGACUGUGUCCACACCUUUUGUGAGGAUUGUCUGCUCAAGUACCGCAACAUGAAAUAUCCCAAGAAUACCCGCAUCCCUUGCCCGGUGUGCGGGGACGAGACGGAGCUCCCCAUCGGAGGCAUUCAAGGGCUAAAGUCCAAUCUCCACCUGAGCGGUGUAGUGGAGGAGAUGAUUCUCCACGACCAGCUUCUUGGGGCCAAGGGGAAGAAGCUGGAGUGCGGAGGCUGUGACGAGAACAAGGAAUCAGUGGCCCGCUGCAUGGACUGUGACCACUUCCUCUGCCAGGGCUGCGUGGAAGCCCAUAAGCGCUUCUCCAUGAUCAAGAACCACGUCAUCGCCUCAUUGGACGAGCUACGCACCGGGAAGAUUGAGUUGAAGAGCCCCGCCCGCAAGAAGGCACCCGAGUGUGAGAACCACCCGGGCGAGAAGAUCCGCUGCUUCUGUGAGACCUGUAGUGAGUUAAUCUGCCUGGAGUGUGCCUUCUUGGGCCACGCCCGUCCCCAGCAUGAGUCUGUCAGCAUCAGGGAGGCAGCUAACCGCCGUAGGCAGAGCAUGCGUGACUUCCUCCCCAAAACUGAGGAGGUGGUAGCAGAAUUCCAACAGGUCCAGAAAGGAUUGAACACUGUGAAGAAUGACCUGAAGAUUAAUGCUGGUGAUGCGAGGAAGAGUGUCCAAGAGCUGGUGGCAUCCAAGAUUGCUGAGCUGAAACGGAAAGAAAAGUCUCUGCUGGAUGAGAUUGAUCACAUUGAGAAGCAGAGGGCUCAGACCAUGCAGCAGAGUGAGCAGCAGGUGGCUAGCUUCAUCAGCAAGGCGCGCCACUCCUUAGAGGUUGCCCGCAAUGCCAUCGAGACUGCCACUGACCCAGACUUCCUCUCUCUUCACCCCACUGUGGAGAGGGACCUGCAGAACCUGACAGAAAAGACACCUCCUCAGGUGCACCAGAAGCUGUCCUUCUUGAAGUUCACUGGGAUGGCCAAGGAGGCUACUGACCAGGUCACCCUGGGACAGGUGGUCAAGAAGGGCGAAUGGGACCUGCACAUGCAGUUUGGCAAGGAAGGCACUGGUGAGGGUGAAUUCAAGUGGGCUCGUGGGAUUACAGCUUGCCCCAAUGGAGACCUGGCUGUGGCUGAUCGCAACAACAACCGUGUGGCCGUCUUCUCAGCUGAGGGCAAGCCCAAGGUCACCAUCCCUGCCACUAGUGCUCGCAAUGUUGUGUCAGAUUCCAAGAACCGCCUCGUGGUCAUCGAUCGUUCCGGCUUUGGUACAAUUUACAAUGCUGAACGCAAGCAGGUCCUGCAGUUCCCUGUGGCACCGAAUGACCCAAGCACGGUGGUGGAUCCACGCUGUGUGGCCAUUGACAAGGAAGACAGAAUCUACAUUGGUGAUUUCACCCGCCAAGUCAUCAGCAUCUACAACCCCAAUGACGGCAAACUGGAGCGCGUCAUCCAGGUCAACAUCAAGCCCGAGUUUAUCGCCGUCUCCAACAAGAACCUGGUCUUGAUCAGCAAUGCCGACGAGGCCAAAGUGGUGGCUGUGGACCCCCUGGGCGUCAAAGGUAAUGAGGCAUUCGCCAUCGAUACCACCUUUGAUGGGGAGAAGAUGAAGCCCUCUGGUGUGGCAGUGGACACCAACGAUGAGAUCUACGUGGCUGGCUACCUUGGCUACGUCAACACCGGCCAGAUCCACCACUUCACCAACCGCGGCAAGCACAUCAAGUGCGUCUCAGACAAGCAGUAUAUGCCCCAGGGUAUCUGCUUUAACAACAAGGGCAUGAUGGUUAUGGCCAACUACCACUCGGUCAGGGUUUUCAACAUGGCUUAAGUUGCACACCAUUGCCCUCUGUCAAUUGCAAGCCAUUUCCCAUUGACGCAUGUGUUAAGUUGCCACAGCCUGUUGAAUCAAAAAGCUGUGUGCAUUAAAAGGAUCAGAAACAGACUUGUAGAAAAGGAUCAUGGGUACACCAAAGGUUUGGUAACUUUCAACUUGUGUACAUAUAGCCCUAACCCCUAGACAUUUUGUUAACAACUUCCCAAGACCAGCAAUGCUUGUGAAGGUAAUGACACAGUCUGGAAAUUUAACAUUCACAUUACAUGAAGCCCCAAUCGAAGUGACAAUGGCUAGGCACUUAAUAUCUAACCCUUCAAAGACUAUCCAAACAUCCACAGUUGAUUUUCACAGAUAUAGGUUAGUUGCAUUUAACCACUACAGAGUGAUCACAACUAACAAUGCUUUCCUUAGAGGGGUAAUUUACUGUAUCACCUCUACAUCUGGCAAAAACCUUUCAUAUGUGCCAUUGUCCAUUGUUGCAGGGAUUGCCAGGUUCUGAGUAUUAGGCGAUUCGUGGGUCUUUUACCCUUUCGGUUUGCAAUUUUUUUUCUGUUGCCAAAUAAAAAGGGCAAGCCAAAACAGCAGGUGUUUUGCACACAUGGACGUUUUGAUUUCAUUUCAGGCAGCUUAUGUAUCAUGUAUUUUGUGGCAUUGCGCUUUACUUU